GCAUGGGUGGCGGGCAGAAGGGAGUCAAGACAGGUUCCGGAAGGGCCGAACGGAUUGGACAGCCACGUGACGGGACCUCCUUCCUAACAGGUAAGGCAGCCACGUGACACCGUGGCGCCUGCGGUGCGACAGCCAUUUUGCGGGGCGAUCACAUGAGAGGACGCACGGUCAGCGGGGCGCUCACGUGACUAGGGGCGUGCUGCGGCCGCCCGGGCGCACCCGGCGAGAGGCGGCGGCCGGAGCGGCAGUGAUGGACGGGUCCGGGGAGCAACCCAGAGACGGGGGGCCCACCAGCUCUGAGCAGAUCAUGAAGACAGGGGCCCUUUUGCUUCAGGGUUUCAUCCAGGAUAGAGCAGGGCCAAUGGUGGGGGAGACACCUGAGCUGGCCUUGGAGCAGACUCCCCAGGAUGCGUCCACCAAGAAGUUGAGCGAGUGUCUCAAGCGUAUCGGAGAUGAACUGGACAGUAACAUGGAGCUGCAAAGGAUGAUUGCAGCUGUCGACACAGACUCCCCCCGCGAGGUCUUUUUCCGAGUGGCAGCCGAUAUGUUUUCCGACGGCAACUUCAACUGGGGCCGGGUAGUCGCCCUCUUCUACUUUGCCAGCAAACUGGUGCUGAAGGCCCUGUGCACCAAGGUGCCCGAACUGAUUAGGACCAUCAUGGGCUGGACGAUGGACUUCCUUCGAGAGCGGCUGCUGGGCUGGAUCCAGGACCAGGGUGGUUGGGAUGGCCUUCUCUCCUACUUUGGGACACCCACGUGGCAGACUGUGACCAUCUUUGUGGCCGGAGUGCUCACGGCGUCGCUCACCAUCUGGAAGAAGAUGGGCUGAGGUCACCAGCUGCCUUGGACUGUUUUUUCUGCAUAAAUUAUGGCAUUUUUCUGGGAGGGGUGGGGACUGGGAUCAUGGGCA